AGGGUCCUGGUCUUUCAGUUCCCGUGUUCCUGUUCUUGUCCGGUCCUGCCAUGGCCCUGUGGCGGGUGCUGGCACUGGGGACAGCCCUGGGGCGCCGCAGCUGCUGCUCCAAGCCCUCGCUGCCCCCCGGCUUUGUGGAGGCCCUGAGCGCCGUGGUCGGGGCCCCCAACGUCUCCACGGCCACGGCGGUGCGGGAGCAGCACGGCCACGAUGAGUCCAUGCACCCGUAUCGGCUCCCCGGCACCCCCUGAGCCCCCAGGGGCUCUCGGUGCUCGGCUGUGCCAAGACCCACCGGUGCCCCUGUGCCAGGGCGGCGUCUGCUUCGACCUGAGCCGCAUGGACAGCAUCGCGGAGCUGAGCCUCGAGGACUUCUCGGUGACAGUGGAGCCCGGUGUCACCCGCAAGGCCCUCAACAGCCACCUGCGUGGCACCGGGCUCUGGUUCCCUGUCGACCCCGGGGCAGACGCCUCUCUGUGUGGCAUGGCGGCCACGGGCGCCUCAGGCACCAACGCCGUGCGCUACGGCACCAUGCGCCCCAACGUGCUCAACCUGCGCGUGGUGCUGCCGGACGGGCGCCUGCUCCACACCGCCGGCCCCGGGCGCCAGGCCAGGAAGCGAGCGGCCGGCUAUGACCUGACCUCGCUCUUCGUGGGCUCCGAGGGCACCCUGGGCUUCCUGACUCAGGCCACGCUGCGCCUGCACCCGCUGCCCGAGGCCACCGCCGCCACCAUCGCCUCCUUCCCCGGCGUGGGGGCGGCCGUGGCGUGCACGGUGCAGGUGCUGCAGGCGGCCGUGCCCGUGGCCCGCAUCGAGUUCCUGGAUGAGGUGAUGGCAGACGCCUGUGGCCGCUACAGCGGGAUGGGGCUGCCGGUGGCAGCCACGCUCCUCCUGGAGCUCCAUGGCUCCCGGAACAGCCUGGCUGAGCAGCAGCGGCAGACGGGGCUACUCCACGGAUGUCUGUGUGCCCAUCUCCCGCCUGCCCGACGUGGUGGUGGAGACCAAGCAGGACCUGCAGGACUCUGGCCUCACCGGACCCAUGGUGGGACACGUAGGCGAUGGCAACUUCCACUGCAUCCUCGUCUUCAACACCCAGGACCCAGAGGAGGCCCAGCGCAUCCACGCCUUCACCCAGCGCCUGGGCAGGCGGGCGCUGGCGGCGGGGGGCACCUGCACCGGGGAGCACGGCGUGGGGCUGGGCAAGCGGGCACUGCUGCUGGAGGAGCUGGGCCAGGAGGGGCUGGACACCCUGCGCUCCAUCAAGGCUGCACUGGACCCCCACAACCUCAUGAACCCUGGCAAGGUGCUCUGAAGGGGGGCACUGGCAUUGAGCUGGCAGUGGGGGGCUGCAGCCCCGGGAGACAGGGCUGGGGUGGCCACGCUGCCCUGCACUGCCGCCCUUUGUGUCCCCACAAAUCCCCCCAUCCCCACCUCGGGGGGUCAGGGAUCCCUGAACCCCAAAUAAACCCGUUUGCACCUGUAGCCUCUGUGUACUGUGAUGUCUUUUGGGGGACAGGAUGCCCCAGCCCCUCCCUAGGGGGUCCCUGUCCCAGGCAGCACACACAGACACUCACAGGGCACCAUGGGGGUCCCACUUUAGUCUCUUCCCCCGAGUCAUGGUGCUGGUGAUGCUGGGUAGGAAUGUCCACCAUGGCCCCCAUGGCAUCCCAUCUCUGGGACCUGCUGAGCACCACUGGGGCCAUCCCCACAUGGCAGACACGGGGAAGGGGCAUCGACACAGGUGGGGGUCUCCAGCACCCCAUCGGCAUCAUCUGCUUCACCAAGAAAGCCAGUGAAAUAAAAUAACAGUGAAUAUUUUAUUGAACAUUGUUUUAAUACCAUAUCAAAACACCUUGACUAAUGAAGGAAGCUCCCCCCAAGCUCUGAACUCUUUUUUUCCCCCUUUUUUUUUAAUAUAUAAAUACAGAAAGGUUUCCCGCAGGGGCACGGCCACCGGCAGGGGAGGUCUCACCAACGAAAACGCGCCCGCCGCGCCAGGAGGGGACGGGGAUGGGCAGGGGAGGGGUCACUGCCAUGAAAUGACUCCAUCUUGGCACCUCCAGCAGAGCCACUCCCAUGACCAGGGGUGGCCGGGGGCAUCCGGGGGCCCAUCGGGGCCUUCCCCAUACCCUCCUCGAAAGGGUCCAACUCAAAGCCGAUGGAAAAGAAAGAGGGGGGGCGGUUUUGGCAAGAGGAGCCCGGCGAGGGGGCGCGGGAGGGGCGGCGGGGAUGCUGCGGCUCUCCAGUCUCUGAGUGGUUAUAGCUGAGUUAAAGAGUGACCAGUCUGUAAACAUCACCGGGGCAGGGAAGCUCAAAUCGAAGAACACGCCAGUCAACACAAAGCUUCAGUUGUGGUUUGUUGUUUGUUUCUUUUUUUGUCCAUUUUCUCUUUUUUUCUUCUUUUUUUUCCUUUUUUUUUUUCCUUUUUUUUGUUUUCUCGUUGUAAACACUUGAAAGACGGACCCCUGCGAGUCAGCAGGGGGGAGCAGUGGCCCCGCUCCCGGCGUGGGGCAGAGUCCCCAUCUCAACGCUGCCGGGGGGCCGGGGUGGAGAUCUCCAAAAGGGAGACGGGAGAGAGGAGAAAUUUCCCGUUUAGUCAGUGCAAAAAAACCGAGCAGAGCCCCCGGGGCGAGUCCGGGUGGGAGGUGGGGGGUUGCCGGUGAGAAAUGCCGCGUGCUCCGUUUGGCCGGCUGUCCCCCGGCAGCAUUCCCCUUUCGGUUCGGGGAGAAAAGCCAAACAUCAUGGCAGGGUGUCGGCCGAGGGCGUCCCUGGGGCCUCCCUGGGGCGGGCAGAGCUCUCCUGGUGACCAGCGGCUGUGGAGGAGAGAGCAGGUAGCUCCGCUUUUCUCACACUGUCUUCUCCUGGAUGUUUCUUUUAGUUUUAAAUCUUUUAAAUUAAAAAAAAAAAAACCAAAAACAAAAACAAA